GGCCGGUGAAAUAAGGCCCAACCCUUUUCUCUUCUCCCUAUUCUUCAGUCGCUCCCCCGUUCUCUCUCUCUGUGACUGUCGCUCAUCUCCUUCGGCGGCAGCAACCAUCGCAGGUAGUCACGGACGUCGCCGUACAGCCCUCAAGUCGCUGGUCUCCUUUUCCUUUAUUUGGCCUGACAUCAGUUGAAGCUGUUCCUUCAGGUGCAAAAGACCUCACCGGCGUAACGGAAAUGGAACCCUACGACGACGAAGAACCGCCGCUCGCUAUCGCACUCGACGACGUCGUUGACGAGAAGACUCCGCCGCCUCCGCCUGUUGAGCAGCGUGAUAAUCUACCACCAGAUCUUCCAGAAGCUCAGCCGGUCGGCGUCACCGUCAUCACAGGAUAUCUCGGCGCAGGGAAAUCGACAUUGGUGAGUACCAUAUUGAGUGGACAACAUGGGAAGAAAAUAGCUGUAAUAUUGAAUGAGUUUGGGGAGGAGAUAGGAGUGGAGAGAGCGAUGAUUAAUGAAGGAGAAGGUGGAGCACUAGUGGAGGAGUGGGUUGAACUUGCUAAUGGAUGCAUAUGUUGUACCGUUAAGCACAGCUUGGUUCAGGCACUGGAGCAACUCAUCGAGAGGAAAGAAAGACUUGACCAUAUACUACUUGAGACUACAGGGCUGGCAAACCCUGCACCUCUGGCAUCUGUGCUCUGGUUGGAUGAUCAGUUGGAGUCAGAUGUCAGGCUAGAUUCUAUUAUCACCGUUGUAGAUGCUAAAAACCUUCGCUAUCAGCUCAAAUCAAAUCACGACUCAUCAUCAUUUCCCGAAGCUUACAAUCAGAUAGCAUUUGCGGAUGUUGUGAUUCUUAAUAAGGUUGAUCUAGUGUCUGCUGAUGAUUCUGGAGUGGCCCUCGAAGAUCUGGAAAAGGACAUUCAAAAUAUCAAUUCCCUUGCUACUGUUAUUCGUUCUGUUCGCUGCCAAGUUGACUUGUCCAUGAUACUGAACCGAAGAGCAUAUGAUGCUACACAUUCCACUCAUUUGGAAGCACUAUUGAGAGAGAAUCAAAAUCUAUCUACCAGUGAUAUUCACGAUAGUGGUGUGAGAACCUUGUGCAUUUCUGAGCCUAAGGAAGUACAUCUAGAGAAGGUCAGAGUGUGGAUUGAGGAGAUCCUUUGGGACAAAAAAUACGGAAUGGACGUAUACCGGUGCAAAGGGGUUCUGAAUAUUGCAAACUUGGAUCAUCUGUAUACCCUACAGGCUGUGAGGGAAGUAUAUGAGAUUGUUCCAACUCGCAAAUGGAGAUAUGGCGAGGACAGAGUGAACAAAAUUGUUUUUAUAGGUCGAUCUUUAAAUGAAGAAAUUCUAGUCAAUACCAUCAAAGGCUGCAUUCUGUAAUCUGCAGUGCCCAUCUUUCUGAGUUCUGAAUUAUGAUUUUGGCCUGUCUCCCUUGUAAUAAAGAUUUUAACAGUAGAGAAGCUGACUGCUGAAACUGGUGAGGCCGCAAUACAGAAACUUCAAGACGAGAUAAAAGACUGCAAGGUUGUACUCAAGUGUGGAGUGUGUUUUGAUCGGCCUAAGGAGUAAAGGCUUUGCUCUGCGCUGCGCUCCAUCUCAUCCAGCUUAGCCAGCUGGAGGAAAAUCAAAUGGCCCGCAUGCGACGUAAUGCUAGAAAGAGGCUGGGUCGUAGAGCAACACCGAAUCAGGUCAUGCACGAGAACUUUACUUACGGCAUAUGCUGGAGGGACACCGUUGGACAAUUUUUGGCUCAAUAUCUCUUUAAUUACGGCAUAUGUUGGAGGGACACAGUUGGACAGUUUUUGGCUCAAUAUUUUGAGCUGUUGGUAAUUGCCAAUAUGUACGGCAUCUCAGACUAUGAUGGAGUGGUUAGACUGUUGUAUCUGCUGCCGCCAGAUUGGCAAGGUUGGGCAAGUUCGAUCGUAUCUCAGUACUUAUUCAGGGUUGGCAGGAGAUAUGAUAUCCACGGAGAUCUCCCAGGGUUUGUAGCUGCACUUAGUUAUCAGUAUUAUCUCAGCAGAGCAGCGCCCUACGGGCCUUACAUAGUUCCCAGAAAGUAUGUAAGGUCCGUAGGGCGCUGCUAAAGUAGUAUGUAAGCUCCGUGGGGCGCUGCUCUGUUGAGAUAAUACUGAUAACUAAGUGCAGCUACAAACCUUGGGAGAUCUCCGUGGAUAUCAUAUCUCCUGCCAACCCUGUACGAUCGAACUUGCCCAACCUUGCCAAUCUGGCGACAGCAGAUACAACAGUCUAACCACUCCAUCAUAGUCUGAGAUGCCGUACAUAUUGACAGCUACCCACAUCUCAACUCCUCUACAAACAUAUCAAAUCACACAGGAAAUAUGACAAUUUCCCAUUUUUGUUUGAUGAAGUCAUUACAGUUCAGAAUGCUGUUUAUCACAAGCCUACAUUGAAUGCCUCAUCUUAUUGAGCAAUGCCUAAAGAGGUUUAGUUGAUCAUGGCAGGUUGUGAUUGUGAAAUGCUUCCAUCUAUUCUGCAACCAAUGCAUCCAGAGAAACCUAGAAAUCCGGCACUGCAAGUGUCCAGGUUGUGAAACGGCAUUCGGCCAGAGCGACGUUCGAUUUGUAAAGAUUUAAAAAGUUGCUUCAGAAUCCCUAUCAAAAAAAAAAAAAAAAAUUGCUUCAGAAUCUCUAGUUCUAGUCUUGGUUAAGCCAUAGCCAAAUUAUUCAUCCUGUAACAAUUUUAAAUUAACAAAAGGCACUAUUUAGUGUUUAAAGAUGGAGAUGAUAUAUUGUAUUUCUACCGUUUCAUUGGA